AACAUCAGAUGAUUGAUCUGUCAAAUUAAUUGUCAAAAUAAUUUAGGGAUGACGAGUGCUCAAGAUGAAUUAGUGCUCUUGGAGCGUGUAUUUCUUCGAGUGGGUUCUGCUGAAACUGAUGAACAAUUACAAAAUGUGGUAUCAAAGUUUUUGCCUCCUGUAUUGCUUAAAUUGGCGUCUCCUGAAGACGCUGUACGAAAAAAGGUGAUGGAAUUGCUGAUUCACAUUAAUAAACGAAUCAAAACACGCCCUCAAGUUCGUUUACCAGUCAGUACUUUAUUGUCUCAAUAUCAAAACCCAGAAGCAAGCAGUUUCUUAAUAAAUUUUACCAUUAUUUAUAUAAAAAUGGGUUUUCCUAGAUUAACUGUGGAGGAACAAACUGAUUUGGUGCCUAAUAUAUUAAAUUCUCUUGAUGGUAAACCUCAAGCACACCAAGAUAGUUUAUUGCUACUUAUUGUUCCAUUACUUGGGAAAAUAAAAAUACCAAGUGAUCCUAGUAAAAGAUCGUCAAUUUUUGGUCUUAAUGAGAAGCCACAAAUUUGUAAGCAUUUAUUAGGACUUCUUUUAGAUGUUAUUUUGCUUCCUUAUGGAUCCCUUUCAUUAUCUUCAACGGAACAUCAAAAUCCUGAAAAUGAAUCAUCUGUACCAGCUGGAAUGAGUGAAUACACAUAUAAAAGAGUUCUUAAUGAAAAUCCAUUAAAACCGGACGAAUUAGAACAAAUUAAGUUGGGGAUUAUUAAAUUUUUAGCAAAUGAUAUUUUCCCUAAUGAAGAUAUUUUGAUUCACAUGAUUGUUGCAGCUGCAGAUACAAGAUUUAGUAUUCCUAAUCUUGCUGAUAAUGAAUUAAAAAAGAUAAUUGGCGUUGUAGAUUGGAAUUCUUCAUCAACAACAAUGCCCUUGUUCAUGUUAUUUUUAGGUACGCAAUCGCAUAAUGUUAAGUCUAAUUUGAAAAAAGCUCCUGCUAGUACUAGAAUUCGAUUAAAAAUUCUAACUUAUCUUUGUCGUGUGACAAACGGAGGAUUUGUUGUACCAAUUUCGAUUCAAGUUAUAUUCGAUUCUUUGUUUGGUAUUGAAACAAAUUCGAAAUUAAAAACUUUAGCUUUAAAUUUUACGGCGAAUUUAGUCCGAUAUGCUGAUGGUGACCAAUUAAAAAAAGUUGCCCCCGUUCUUCAAACGGGCUUGAACAAAUUAAUCAAUGAAGGUGAACAAAGUCAUCAAGGGCAAGCGUUUACAAUAAAUGGAAUGAUUGGAAGGCGAUUUCCUAUGGUCGUUUAUCAUGAUGUUAGUCUUUUGGAGAUGUUCUUUAAAAAAUUAGAAUCUGCAGAUCAAGAUUUGAAACUUCAAAUCCGUGAAGGUCUUUUAAAUUUAAUUUCUGCAUAUAAAUAUGAUGUUAAUCCAGAAGAAUGCGAUAAAAAUGGACGGAUGAAUAUUCUUUUUGUAUUAUUAAAAUAUUUUAUGGAAUCUGAAGAAGCAAUGGUUCGAUUUGCAACUGUUAGAACAUUAGCUACUAUUUUUCCACCAGAACAUGUACCAUCAAAAGCUCUUCUUCUACUUGCAAUGGGUGAUUCAAAAGACGAAGUUUCUACAGAAGCAAUGAAAUCUCUUUAUGGCACAUCACGUAAAACUGAUAUUGAUAUUUCAAAGGGUAGUAAAAUAAAGGUGGUGAUGCCAUCAUUUUCCGAAUUGGUUCUUCAUGUUUAUAAAGAAUCUGAGGAUCGAAUGAAAGAUCCGUCCAAACAAUAUUCAGUUGGAAACCGCUUCUUACCAUUUGCAACUCCGGUUUUCACCGAAAUGAUUAUGUAUCUUCGUUUGUGUUUGAUACAAGACUUAGAGGUACCGUUAACUCGAAAUAUAAUAAAACAUCCAUGCGAAACAACUCCAAUUAUCAAAAAGCAUUUACAAAGUAUGUUUAAAGAAACGGAUGAAAUUGAAAAUAGUGCUUUGUUGCAAUAUGUUUCGUUGGUUAAACAGUUAAUGAUGGCAAAUCCAAGUGUUGAAUCAAUUUGUUGUAUGUCGGAAAUUAUUGGUUGUGUACCAAAUUUAUAUAAAUCUUUAUCAAAUGAUAUAAAUUGGUUGCGAGAUUUAUUAAAUUCAGUUAAAGAGGAAGUUAGAGAACAAGUUGCUUUAUUAUAUGCAGUAACAAUUAACCCUGCAUUAAACGAUGACGAUUUUAAUAAAGCAUUGGAAUAUUUAAUAAAACAAACAAAUUCAAAAAAUUUAGAAUCUCAACAUGGUGCUUUAUUGGCGAUAGGAAAUUGCUUGGAAAGAAGAAUAAUGACUCAAAAAGAGAAAAGAAAUGUUCAACAAUGGGAAGUUUUUAAAACUUGCGUAAACACUUUGGUAACAUUUUUGUCUCAUCAAAAUGGAAUGUUAAUGGGGGGAGCUUGUACUGCAAUCGGUUUGAUUGCGAAAAGUACGGCGUUACCGCUUGAAAAUGGAGGAAUUAAACCUACCGGAAGUCCUGAAGCGAAAAAACUCGCCACAGCUGAACGAAUUACAAAGUGUGAUGUCGUUUCACAGUUGUUAGUUGUAAUGAACAAUAACAAAAAUAGUUCAAAAGCUCGUGAACGUGCCGCUUUGGCGCUGGGAUUACUUUGCGUUGGUGAAGAUUUCCCGUUUGUUAAAGAAGUUAUACAAGGAUUUUUAGAUACAGCAAAAGAGACAAAAGAUGUUGAAGUUCAUUUCACGAUUGGUGAAUCUUUAGUAAUGUGCGUUCAAGGUUUAUGGUCUUCAGAAGCUAGAGAUUCUUGGACAAUUUUACCUGAUGAUUAUACCCCUCAGGAUACAAUGAGGGAUCAACCGUCUGAUGAAAAUCUUGAAGACUUACUUACUUCUCUUCUUAACAAUGCAAGAAGUACUCAUCCUAAUGCAAGGCAGGCUUCUUGCAUUUGGUUGUUGGCUUUGUUAAAAAGUUGUCCUGAUAGAGAACCUAUUAAGAAUCAAUUAAGUUCAAUACAAAGCAUAUUUAUGAAUUUAUUGGGAGAAAAUAAUGAUAUUGUACAAGAUGUAUCUUCAAAAGGUUUAUGUCUAGUUUAUGAUUAUUCUAAAUCUGAGGAAUUAUUAAGUGCGUUAGUUGAUCAAUUAACCAGCGGAAGACGAUCAACUACUAACGUUACUGCAAGUACAAAAUUAUUUGAGGAAGGUGAAUUGGGAAAAUCACCAACUGGUGGGAAUUUAUCUACAUACAAGGAAUUGUGUUCGUUAGCUUCGGAUUUAAAUAAACCCGAUUUAGUAUACCAAUUUAUGCACAUUGCGAAUCAUAAUGCGAUUUGGAAUUCAAAGAAAGGCGCUGCAUUUGGGUUUUCGUCGAUAGCUGAAAAAUGUGGUGAACGUCUUCAAGCGUAUCUCCCACAAAUUGUUCCGAAAUUAUAUCGCUAUCAAUAUGAUCCCACCCCAAAUUUACAAGGAUCAAUGCAGAAUAUUUGGCACGUCUUAGUACCUGAGCCUCAAAAAAUGUUGGAUACUUAUCAUCACGAAAUACUCGCGGAUUUAUUAGCCAAUUUAAAUUCACCUCAAUACCGCGUAAGACAAUCGUGUUGUUUGGCUUUGCAAGAUUUCAUUAAGGGUGCAGGGAAUCGUUCUAUACAUGAUUCAGUUGAUUCUAUGGAAGAAAUUUGGACGCAAUUGUUUAGGGUUAUGGAUGAUCAUCAUGAAGCUACACGAUUGGCAGCAAAUAAAACAGCCAAAGUACUUAGUAAGUUAUGUAUUCGAGGUUGUGAUAAAAGCCAAGGAAAAGAUGGGGUGAAAAUGACUCAAUCUAUUUUACCGGUAUUUUUAAAUAAAGGAAUAACCAAUACGGUUGCUGAAGUUCGUUUAAUAAGUUUACAAACUAUUUCGGAGUUAGUUGGAUCUGCUGGACCACAACUUAAACCGUUUUUACCUCAAUUAAUUCCUGCAUUACUUCAAGCAACCGGCGAAUUAGAAUCGUCGCAAUUGUCUCGUUUGAGCACAAUGUUAGGUGGACAAAGUCAUGCUCAAGAGGCUGUUGAUAGCGCGAGGGCUUCUUUUGCUAAAUCUCAUUUUACAACAGAAACAGUUUCUAAGUGUCUUCAAUAUGCGGAUGCAACAAUUUUAGAGGAACUUGUUCCUAAAGUUGUUGAUUUAAUGAAAGGUUCCGUUGUGUUAGGAACAAGAGUAGCUUGUGCACAUUUUAUUACCUUGCUUGUUGUUCAAUUGGGAAAUGAUCUACAACCAUAUACAGGAAAAUUUUUAUCAACUUUAGUAAAUGGAUUAACAGAUCGUAACGCAGCAAUUCGUAAACAUUACGCAACAACAAUCGGUCAUUUAGUAAAAACAGCUAAAGAAUCCAGUUUAGAAAAACUAUUUGCAAAAAUUAAUCAUUGGUAUUUCGAACGGGAAGAUGAUACAAUAAGAUCUGCCUGCGCUCAUACGAUUAAAUCAAUUGGCGUCCACAAUCAAGAUAUUUUAAAAGCACAUUCAGAUGUAAUUUUACCGUUAGUUUUUUUUGCGAUGCACGCGGAAAAUAAUCCGGAGACUGAAAAUACGAUUGAAACUUGGAAUGAGAUUUGGUCGGAACAUAGUCCCGGCACUGAAUCGGGAAUUAGACAAAAUAUUGAGGUUAUUUGUGAAACCUUAAAAACCGCGUUAGAUUCACCAUCUUGGAAUAUGAAGGCGCAAGCGGCUAAUUCGAUUUCAACUGUUGCUGCAAAGUUAGGUUUAUCAAUGGAGAGGAAACAUCGUAAUACAUUGAUUGAAAUUUUAUUGGCUGGGUUAAGUGGACGAACAUGGAACGGGAAAGAUAAAUUAUUGAAAGCUUUAGCAUCAAUUUGUAAAAAUUGUAAAGAUUCAUUGAAAAUUGAUCCCGAGGUAGAUUUAAAUAAUAUCGUUGAAGCAGUUUUAAAAGAAUGUCGUAAAGAAGAUAUUGAGUAUAAAGUAAAUGCUUUGAGUUCUUUAGGCGAUAUUUUAUCUUCUUUAGAAAUCGAUCGAUUUGAGGAUGUUUACAACAUUGUCCAUGGUGUAUUAAAUAAUGACUCUAUUGAAAAAGAAGGUGAUGAAGAAGAGACAUCAAAGGAGGAACAGUCGAAAAAACGUGAAAUCGUUAUUAAACUGAAAGAAGUUGCUUUUGAGUGUUUAGGAAAAGCUUGGCCUGAAAAAAGCAAACAAACCCAAGAAAAAUACAGAGAAAUUUUGAUUGAAAAUUGCGUUGAUUGUUUACCAGUCAACACUAGAUCUGUACAAGUUUGUAUUGUAGUUGCUUUAUGCAAUUAUGUCGAUAAACUCCAAUUACUCAACGAGGAAAAACUUAACGAAACCGAUAAAGCAAGUUUAUCUCGCAUUAUAAACCAUAUUUUGGUCGCAUUAACUUACAGUUUGGGUAUUGCCAAAAACACGAGAUUACGUAAGGAAGCUUUGAACGUAAUUUAUUCAUUGGGAAAAAAAUUGAAACAGAACGAUAAAGAGGAAUUUGAAAAGUUAGUUGAAAUGUUUGAAACAUCAUAUUCAGAAUUAUGUAAAGAUAAUCAACCAGAGAUUAAAUCACGGGUUAUUGAUAUUAAGAAAAUUUUAAUUGAUGAUUAACUUAUUCUAAUUUAUUAUGUAUAUUUCAUUCUUUUGUUAUGAGGUUUAAUUAAUAAACAGAAUUUCAAUAUAA